UUUGCCGGUCUCUCCUCACGCCUCAUCUUAGCUCCGGACGUCUGGUCGAUUCCUCUGUUUUUCUGUUCAGCCUGCCCGUCCUUCCCCUGCCUUCACCCCUGCCUUCGCCCCUCAGGUUCUUUCUAUCAUUUUGCAUAAACUUCUAAGUGGACUAUGAAAGAUUAUGAUGAACUUCUCAAAUACUAUGAAUUAUAUGAAACUAUUGGAACAGGUGGCUUUGCAAAGGUCAAACUGGCCUGCCACAUCCUCACUGGAGAAAUGGUGGCUAUAAAAAUCAUGGACAAAAAUGCACUAGGGAGUGAUUUGCCCAGGAUCAAAACAGAGAUUGAUGCUUUAAAGAAUCUUAGACAUCAGCAUAUAUGUCAACUCUACCAUGUGCUGGAGACCGACAACAAAAUAUUCAUGGUUCUUGAGUACUGCCCUGGAGGAGAGCUGUUUGACUACAUAAUUUCCCAUGAUCGUCUCUCAGAAGAGGAGACCCGAGUUGUCUUUCGUCAGAUAGUAUCUGCAGUUGCUUAUGUGCACAGCCAGGGCUAUGCCCACAGAGACCUCAAACCAGAAAAUUUGUUGUUUGAUGAAUAUCAUAAAUUAAAGCUGAUUGACUUUGGUCUCUGUGCAAAACCGAAGGGUAAUAAGGAUUACCAUCUUCAGACAUGCUGUGGGAGUCUUGCUUAUGCAGCCCCUGAGUUAAUACAAGGCAAAUCAUAUCUUGGAUCAGAGGCAGAUGUUUGGAGCAUGGGCAUACUCUUCUAUGUACUUAUGUGUGGAUUUCUACCAUUUGAUGACGACAAUAUCAUGGCUUUGUACAAGAAGAUUAUGAGAGGGAAAUAUGAUGUUCCCAAGUGGCUCUCUCCUAGUAGCAUUCUGCUGCUUCAACAGAUGUUGCAGGUGGACCCAAAGAAACGGAUUUCUAUGAGAAAUCUAUUGAACCAUCCCUGGAUCAUGCAAGAUUACAACUGUCCUGUGGAAUGGCAAAGUAAGAAUCCUUUUAUUCACCUUGAUGAUGAUUGUGUAACUGAGCUUUCUGUCCAUCACAGAAACAACAAGCAAACAAUGGAGGACUUAAUUUCAUUGUGGCAAUAUGAUCACCUCACAGCCACCUAUCUUCUGCUUCUAGCCAAGAAGGCACGGGGAAAACCAGUUCGGUUACAGCUCCCUUCUUUUUCCUGCGGACCUGCCAGUACCACCCCAAAGUCAAGGAAUCUGAGUUUGGAAGAUAUGACAACAAGUGAUGAAAAUUAUGCAGCUGGACUAAUAGACUGUAAAUGGUCUGAAGACAGUUUAUCAACUCCACAAACAGCACAGUUUACCAAGCCGUGGACAGAAUCAAAUGGUCUGGAGUCGAAGUCAUUAACUCCAGUAUUAUGCAGAGCAUCUGCCAAUAAGUUAAAGGACAAAGAAAAUGUAUAUACUCCCAAGUCUGCUGUAAAGAAUGAAGAGCACUUUGUAUUUCCUGAGCCUAGGACCCCAGUUAAUAAGAACCAACAUAAAAGAGAAGUACUAACUACACCAAAUCGUUACACUACGCCCUCAAAAGCUAGAAACCAGUGCCUGAAAGACACCCCAAUUAAAACACCAGUAAAUUCAGCAGGAACAAACAAGCUAACGACAAAUGUCAUUAGCCCUGAAAGGCGGUGCCAUUCAAUGGAACUGGGUCUCAACCAAGCACAUUUGGAGGAUACUCCAAAAAGAAAAGGAACCAAAGUGUUUGGGAGCCUUGAAAGAGGACUGGAUAAGGUUAUCACUGUGCUUACCAGGAGCAGAAAGAAGGGCUCCUCCAAAGAUGGCCCAAGAAGGCUAAAGCUUCACUAUAAUGUGACUACAACCAAAUUAGUAAAUCCUGAUCAGCUCCUGAAUGAAAUAAUGUCUGUUCUCCCAAAGAAGCAUGUUGACUUCAUACAAAAGGGCUAUACACUGAAGUGUCAAACACAGUCAGAUUUUGGCAAGGUGACAAUGCAGUUUGAACUAGAAGUGUGCCAGCUUCAAAAACCCGAUGUGGUGGGUAUCAGGAGGCAGCGGCUUAAGGGUGAUGCCUGGGUUUACAAGAGAUUAGUGGAAGAUAUCCUGUCUAGCUGCAAGGUGUAAUUGAUGGAUGGUUUCCAUCCUGCCAGGAUGAAUGUGGGGGUGAGACUGGGUGAUUGGUUUGAUUUUCAAAGUCCAUUAGAACUACAAACUCGUUUCUAAAGACCAAUGCCUUCUUGUUUUUAAACAAAAAGUAUUAUUUCCUGGGUGAAUCUAAGGCAAGCCCAUCUGUCAUUAUCUGUUACUGUCUUUUUUAAUCAGGUGGCUUUGUAUACUAAUAACUGUUGACUUUCCUAGAUUCACUUCUAUAAGAGAAUGUAAGCUCUUAUCUAUGUCUCCUUUUGAUGUAUGAUUUCUUUCUGAAAUAAAACCAUUUG